UAACGUUUCUUGCCCCUUCCAAUAACGAAGAAGAGGUCGAAAACGACGAAGAAGUAAACUUCGAUAUCGGAGGUGGUUCCUUUAUCGGGAACCUGUAAGAACGUGGUGGGCACAAAAUUGUCUUCCGGCAGUUUUAAAAAGGCCGUCACUAAAUAUUUCACGGGCAGUUUCGAUGAAUCGAUGUUUUGAGCCAAAACCUUUUUUGACCAUUACUAUAACAUGAAGAUCUUACUUUUAAUUACGACAUUGACAUUGGUGGAAUGUAGGCCGCAAACUCAAGAGAAAGAAGCCCCAAUUUCUAUUGAAAUAGAAAAACACGAAGUCAUAAAAAUAGAACCAACCAACGAUACAGUAACAAACGAAAUUUUAAAGAAAAUCGACGAUAUUAACCAAAAAUAUGGUUACACGAGCACAAAGGCACCCAUUCGCAGCACAAAAAACGUGGAAAUACCCCAUUUUUACCAACAUUCCUUUGAUAGACCGUUACCAAUUCGCUUGGGGAACUUUUUGGUUGAAAAAUUUCGGGGUAAAUCGAUUAGCGAUGAAUCGGAUAAAAUAAACGUCGAAAAACACAACUUUAUACAAAGCCAGAUGUUGAAUAACGUAAAAGGGAUCAUUUUGAAGUCGCAAUUACCCCCCUACAUUCAAGGAUUAAGCAAUUUUAACCCCUUAGUUCAAAAUUUGCCAUUUUUAAACUCAUUUAUUCCAUACAAAAAGAGCGAGAACUAUGACAGCUCUGGAUAUAUUAAUAACGUCCCAAAUAUGCCUUUUAACGAGUACAAAGUGGAUGGUUAUCAACCCGAUAGAGACAUCCCCAAAAACACAAAACCCACGGAAAAUGGAAACAUCGGGAUUUUUAAUUAUUUAAGAAUACUUUUUAGAUUAGACAAAAAGAAUCUAACAGAAAUCUCGAAUAACUCAGAAAGAACAGGUAAAGAAUAUUACUUUUUACCACCACAACCAGCCAAUAAACCCACCUUUAUUAUUGAAAGUAUCAAAAAAGGGGUACAAAUAGCAGAAUACAACGAAAAUAAAUUUCAUCCGUUUAAUAAAUCACCCAGAUUUUUAAACACAACCGAAAAUCAAAGUGAUAAUGAUGAAUUAAAGCUUGAAAAUGUCGCUAAAGUUUUUAUUAAUAACUCAACACUCACCCAAAACAUUCGUGAAGGAAAAGCUGUAACAAAAAAUAAAAAAUCUUCAUACAAAAACCUCCAAAAAAACGAUAAUAACACAAAAACGUUAAACCCGUUGCAACUAUUAAUUCAAACGCAAAAUAAAUUUAAGCAAACCACAACUCAACCCCCACCCCUAAGUGAAGAUUUAAAAGAUGUUAUAAAUGAGAAUAAUAAGAAAGUUUUAAGUAGGGAUAAUACGGGAAGUGGGAUUUUUAUUCAUCGGAUUAAAGUAAAGAAAGGAGGUGUUGCAAUCGCGGGACCCGGAGGAAUUGCAACUGCAGGAAGUGGAGGAACAGCUAUCGUUGGCCCAAAUGGUUAUGCUUAUACCCAUCCAGAUAGUUUAGCAAUUGCUGGAACUGGAUCAAAAGUUAUCGCUGUCGAACCUAAUGUUAGUCUUGCAGAUAUAAUCAAUGGAAAUCAUAAAGGAAGAAGGGUCGGGAAAGUUGUUGCUAUUGGACCUGUUAUUUAUUACAAUAAGGGAUAAAAAGUAAUGUUAAAAAAUGAAUUAAAUCGGUAGAUAGGCAACUGAUUUUGCAUAAAUGUAUAGUUGGUUGUAUAACUAUUAAUAAAUAAUUUUAAUAA